UAGAUGAUUGUAAGCGAUCUGGAGGGCGCUGAGGAAUCUGAACGUGCGAGGGCGCAUCGCCAAGUUUAAGCGAGGCUGAGAAAGUGCCGAGUCGAGCGGCCGUGACCCCCCCCCCCACCCCGGACCCUACACCAUGUUCCGUGAGAUCGAGGAAGAUCCGUUCUUCUCGGAACCUUUCCGUUUUCACCAUGAGCACCUGCGUAAGAUGAUGGGCCAUGUCCCAAAUUUUAUCAGACAGGACUUCGUACCAAAUUCCCAACCGGGAUGCUCAAGCCAGUCAGCAACAAGGAAUGAGGCUCCUUCCUGGACAGAUCCUUUCAACAGGAUGAGUGCCAUGAUGGAACAAAUCAGAAAAGAAAUGUUUGACAUGCAAAACACAAGUGGAAUCCAACCUUCAGACCGCAUUGGUCACUCUCUGAACAGCUCCAGUGUGAUGACUUAUGCAAAAGUGGGGAAUGAACCUCCCAAAAUAUUCCAGGCUACCAAUCAUGUGCACCAAGUUCCUGGUGGAAUCAAAGAGACAAGGCGAGCAGUAAAAGACUCUGAAAGUGGAAUUGAAAAGAUGUCAAUUGGGCAUCACAUUCAAGACCGUGCUCAUGUAAUUCAAAAAUCCAGAAACCAGAAAACAGGCCAGGAAGAAGUUGAUCAGCAAUUUAUCAACCUAAAUGAAACUGACGCAGCAAAUUUUGACCAAGAAUGGCUGAAUAAGGUGUCAAAGUAUAUGCCUUCUGGAACUUGUCCCUCUAGCAUUCAGGCUGCAGGAAAAACCAAGGAAGGACAAAGCACAGCAUGUGCCAAAGGACCGACUUGUCCACUCCCUGUUGCUCCCUCUGGUGGUUGUGGCUGUCCUGCUAAGAAUUCUUCUCAACGAAACUGUGGUGGACAGCAUGCGAUGAAACAUGGAAGAAAAUGAACUUCACGCUGGAACUGCGUGGCUCUUCAUGAUGUGACUUGGGCCAUUUUUUGUUUGUUUGUUAUUACUAAGGCUGUGCUUUUUGAGUUGGAGUUUCGUUCACGUAGAAUACUUCAGUUCAUUUUUAGCUUUUGGCUAAACCUGCACAACCAGCGCUUAAUUUUUUUUUGUCAUCAGUAGUGUGCAAUAAAUAAAGGGAAUGCAUUUUAUGGAAGUUUAUAGUCAAUAUCUACUUAGUCAAGAUUGACACUCAAUAUAGAAAUACAGGUGAAGAUUUUGAUUUAAUUUAGUAAUAUUGAAUCAAAAUACUGGGCUUAAUUUUAGUUGGUGAUGUACAACAAGUGGGCUCUGAUAGGGUGAAAUUGGUGGGAGGUACAAUGUUUUAGGUGUAUGUAGCCUGAUUUACAUCAGUCAAGAAUUUAAGUCAGUCAACUUUAAAAAUAUUUAACAACCGUGCCUUAACUCCUGUCUGGAAUAGAGAAUUCCACAGACAAACAACGGUCUGUGAGGAGAAAAAUCUCAUCGCCAUCUUAAUUCAAAGAACUCUUAGUUUUAAGUUGUGCCUUGACCCUAGCCCUAGCCCCUCCCAUUCGGGGAAGUUUCUUUUCAGAACUUGCCCUGUCAGGUCACUUCAGGAUAUUGCAUAUUUUAAGGUGAUGAUUUUUCAUUCUUCUACAUGCCCAGCCAACCCAACUGAAUUCCCAACCAAAGCAAAGCUAAUUGGUAGCCUUGUCUCCUUGUCAGGCGAGGAGCCUGCAGUGGGAGCCACAGGUAGACUUGCUGUUCGGGGGCAUAGUUUCUCAGGUGGAGUUGGGGGGAAUGGAAUUGGGGGAGAGAGAGCGGAGGUGGGGCAGAGUGGAAUAAGUGGUUUGGAGGGAUAGGAGAAGAUCAAGAAACAGUGUCAGAGUCACUGUGUGGGAAGACGUCAUUGAUUAUGAUGAGGGGUGUGAGUAAUGAUAUUGAGGUGAGGGAUCUAAUCAAAUGGGGAAGGAACCAGGUUACAUUGGUGCCAGGAAGAAAUCACCCUAGACCCUCAAACAGUGUUGAAGGGCCCUGAGCCUCUAUGUACCAUUCUUUGUCUCCCCUUAGUUGGCAUGUUUCUGUCUACCUAAAAUAUUUAAAUCAGCAUUUGCCAUCCUGAGAGCUGUUGGUAGAGUACCCACAUUAAUAUUAUAUCAGUUACAUAGUUUCAGUUGAGGAUGAUGAAUUUGAUUAUUCCAAAGACCGUGAAAAGUUGAUAACUGGGAACAAUGGGGAUAGGAUAUCUGUAAGACUCCAUGCAUGAGAAUAAAGUUAAUGUUAAGGAAACUGUGUCUUGGUUUGUGAAUCAUUACCAAGUUGAAUCCAUUUAACUCACAUACCUUCCUACAGUUACCAUUUGUUUGCAUUAAAAUCAUUAGAGGUUAGGUUUGUCUAACCGUAAUUCUAUCAUUGUGGAAUGACUGUUUGUUGCUUUCAUGUGCUUUCUGUCACGAUUUGAUUUCUCUUGUUUUUACAUGUAUUCCUUAAUAAAUUAAUGGAACAGACAGAAAGAAUAUUUGCAGAAAAAAAUUGGUUCACCUGUAUUAGGGUAUCAUUGUAGGUAUACUGGACACAAAUUCACUCCCGAAAGUAAUAUAGUUAUUAAAGCAUAAUGAAACAUUAGGAAGCUCACUAAAACAUAAAUUUCAGGCUUCUGCUUAGCUGUGAUCACAUUCUUAGUGUGAUAAAUUCUAAUUUUCAUUUCUUUUUGAGAAUAGUCAAAUGAUCUGAUGGCUGAUUGAAGCUGUGCAGUCAACCACACUCGUAAAGACUCUGGCUCUCAAUUUUACAACACCAACAUUAUCAGCAUGAUAGCACAUUUUCUAAAUAAUAGCUGGUUAUUGCUUCUUGCUUUUCUGGUAUUGCUGUUUUAAUUUUUUUAACAAAUGCUUACAGAAAAAUAUACAACAAUUUUUAGUUAUACAAGGCACGUUAUAUGUGAUAUUUUAUAUUAAAUUUAAAUAGCUUGCAUUUAUGUAGUGCCUUUUACUGUAAAAAUAAAUAAGAUGCAGAAGCAUAAUCAGACAAAAAUUGAGAAAAUCAAAGGAGAUAUUCUGAGACAGAAAUAACAGUUUGGUCAGAGUGUGAGCUCUUCAUGGAGGCCUCAAAGGUGAGAAAAUUUCUGAAAAAUAAUACCAGAGAUUAGACCUAAAUGAUAAAGAUGGAAGACAAAAGUAAGGCAAAAAGAAUGAGAUGUGCACCAGAAGCUGAAGUUGGAGGAAGAGAGUUUUUUGACAAUUAUAGGGAUGACAGAAUUGAUAGAGAUAUGGAAAGGCUGAAAUCAUGCAGAUAUUUGGAGAUUUAACUGGAAGAGAAAGUAAGUUAACAAGUACUCUACCUUCAUAAUGGGUGAACAGAAUUUGGUGCUUGUCAGGACAUGGGCCAGCAGAAUUUUGUGUUAUUGUUUUUAUGGAAAAAACAUUGGUCGAAAGAAUAUAGGAAUUGUCAAGUCUUUAGGUUAUAAUGUCAUAAAUGACAGUUUUAGCAGGAGAUGGACCACCUAAACUCCAUGGUCACCAUGAGGAAUUUGCAGCAGUAAGUCCUCAGGAAGAGUAUCUAUGAAUUCUUGUACAGCCUUGAAAGGGGCAAGGAUAAUUGCUUUUAUUGCCUUUUGUAAGAUUUCCAAAAUAGCAUGAAUAGAGGAAUUGCUCAUUGAUUUUUAAGCAAGACUGUUGGACGUUUUGCUGCUUAGCAAGGUACUUAUACCUGCUUCAACUGUGUACCCCAAACACAUGGGAGUACCCUGCCUUUUUCCAAAGAUGUGCGGGUUCUGUGGAUAGACCAUGCUAAAUAUCCCAUAAUGUCAAGGGAUGUACAGGCUAGAUGGGUUACACAUGGGAAAUGCAGGGUUAGGGCAGGGCACUGGGUCUGGAUGGGAUGCUCUUUGGAUGGGUGGUGUAGGGUCAAAGCUGAAUGGCCUGCUUUGCACACUGUUAAGAUUCUAGAAGAACUUAUUUGGAACUAAUCUGUGUUCUCACAGUCACUAAGCCUGAAAAAGCUACUUUUGAAAAGCUCAAGCAAUCAGGCAUGGUAUUUUUAAGAUGCGAUAAAAACAAAGUUGCUGGAAAAGCUCAGUUAGUCUGGCAGCAUCCACGAAGGAAAAACAGAGUUAACGUUUCAGGUUCCAGUGACCCUUCUUCAGAACUGAUGGUGGCUGGGAAAACCGAUGUUCACAGAUGCUGCCAGACCUGCCAAGCUUUUUCAACAACUAUGUGUUUGGUCCUGAUUUGCAGCGUCUGCAGUUCUUUCAUUUUUUAUUUUUAAGAUGCUAUUGUUUCUUAGAAUAGCGCCUCAACUAUUUCAUUCUUGCAGCCCCUUUGGAGCUUAGUCAGAACAGCAGUGGGAAUGAAGUGAACCUGGGUGUGAAUGGCAACAGCGGAGCUUCUGGAUAAAAACUUGAGGAGUAGGACUCAGAUGGAGCUCAGUGGGAGUGGCAGCAGGAGAGGGCCAGAGCAGUUGGAAUUGUCACUCAAUCCAGAGAUGCUAUUCCUCAGAUAACAUCACAGUUUAAAAAGUGAUGUAGGCAAGAGGAUUGGCUGCUUGAGAACCAGCUUUAGAGACUGCAUGAGUAUUACCAGGAGGGAGACAAAGUACAAAGUCCUUAUUUUUGUUAUUUGUAGUUUGUUAGGGAUAGAGAGGGAGAGAGAGAAAUCUGCUUUGGUGUGUAUUGGGUAAGGUUGAAUAAUUUGUUCCUAGUUUAUUGCCUGUAGUUGGCAUGGAAUGCAAUGGCAGAAGAAUUUGGCCCCAUGGAAUGCAGUUCCUACAAUAUGUGGUAAGUUAGCAACACUUCCAGUGUCCACAGUGACCAUGUAUGCAGGAAGUGUUUUCAGCUGCAGCUCCUGAUUUGUUGUAGCUGGAUUCAUUAUUGAUGAUGAGGACAUUGUGGAUAACAUGUUUAGCAAGUUGGUCACACCAUAAGCAAUGGCUAGACAGGCAAAAAAGAGUUGGGUGUCCAUCAGGAAGCAUAGGCAAGCAUUGCUGGCAUUCCCUGUGGCCAUCCUCCUCUCAAACAGAUAUACCAUGUUGGAUAUUGUUGAGGCCUUUUAGAGAAAGCAACAUCCAUGUUUGUGGUGCUAUGGUUGGCUCUGCUGCUCAGCAGGGGAGGGAAAAGACUGGGAGGGCUUUUGUGAUAGGGGACUCGAUUGUGUGGGGAACUGAAUAGCAGCAAAUGAGACUCUUGAAUGGUAUCUUGUCUCCCUAAUGCCAGGGUCAGAAAUGUCUCAGAGCAACUUCAGUGCAUUUUGAAGGCGGAGGGUGAACAGUCAGCAGUCGUGAUACUUGUUGGUCCCAAUAAAAUGGGUAAAAAAAGAACUGAGGUCCUGGAGCACAAAUUUACAAAGUUGGCUAGAAGAUCAAAGAGGAAGUUUACUAAAGUAACCUCCUGACUACUUUCAAUGCCAUGGGCUACUAAGUAUAGGACUAGGAAGAUAGAUCAGAUGAACAUGUGGUUAAAGGGAUGGUGUUGGAGGGAGGACCUUAGAUUUUUUGGACCAUUGAGGCAGUUUCUGUGGCAGGUAGGACCUAUACAAGUUGUUGGGUUAUGUCUGAACCAGAAUGGAUUCAACAUCUUUGCUGGGAGGUUUGCUUGUGCCGUUGGGGAGGUUUCAAACUGAUUUGGCUGGGGAUGGGGCAAAAAAUAGAUGUAAAGUCAGGAGCAAGAUCCAAUCGGACAGAAAAGGAAUGCCAGGACAGUCGAUUAGGUGGAGAAGACAUGGGCUGGAUAAGGCAAAUGGGAGGUCUAGAAAUUUAGAGCGUUGGCCAGCACAUGGGAUUAUGAUAUUGUUGCAGUCACUGAGGCAUGGUUUGAGAAAGGGCAAGACUAACAGCUGAACAUUUCAGGGGAUAGAGGUUUCAGGUAUGAUUGGGUGUUAGGGGAGGUAUGAGAAUUGGGGGAAUUGAUUUAUUGAUAAAAGAAACCAUCACUACAGUAAUAAGUCCUAGAAUGGUCUUCAACUGAGGCUGUUUAGGUUGAGCUUAGAAAUAAAAAAAGGGACAAUCAGCACCAUAUGAAAAGCAUCUGAAUAAACCAACAAAAAAUGAUAUACAUCAAAUACUGGAAUUUUACCGUAUUAUCACGAUCUCCUCAAUGUCUGAGUAGUCAGUUCAGGGGGAAAGUGAGAAGGUUGUCUGCCGGUAAGAUUCAUUUAAGGCACAUUGCCUUAUUUAAGUGAUUUAUUCUGUAAGUAAAGUAUAACAGUGAUAUCGAUACCCCCGCCUUGCAUUUCUAUUACUUAGUGUGUGUUUUUACAUUGAUUAUAUGGACCUCUUGAUCAAACCUGGCCCAGUUGUUGCCAGUUAAUAAAACAUUUGUUGUAUUACAAGCCUCCUAACAGUCAGAAGGAGAUAGAUGAACAGCUUUGUAUGAAAAUCACCAAGAGAUAUGAGAGAAACAGCAUUAUACUUGGAAGGAACUUCAACUUUGCCAACAUUAACAGGGAUCACCUUAGGUUCUAAGAAUUCUUGUAGCCUUUAAAAGGGCAGGUGUAAUUGCUUUUAUUGCUUUGCAAGAUUGCCAGAAGAGUAGGGGAAUUCAAAAAUUUGUUUGGAAUUAAACUGUAUUCUCUUUGACUGAGCCUGAAUAAACUACUUUUGAAAAA